AUGCGAAAUCAGACUAUCAAGGAGGAACAAAACGACCCUAUGGGUCAAAAGCAAGACCCUAUAGAGAGAAGGCGUUUGCAAAACAGACUUUCUCAGAGGAAUCACCGCCGCAAAAUCCGCGACCGGAUUGCGAAGUUGCAGGAACGGGUUAUUGCCAGUGAAUUACGAGCUGCUGCGAGUCUAAAUGGCUGGGGAUAUCCGAACCUAACUGGUCCCCCACCGAUUGACCAUGUCUCUUCUUACGAAGCGGAGGGAAAGAAUCCGUCUCGUGCCUCAGAAAACACCCUCCAUGCCGAUCCAUCCUAUCUUUCUACGCCUUCGGGGGUCUGUCCCACCUGCAGCAACUCUCUGGGGCCUAUACCUAUCAUAUGUUCUCAACCCUUGACGCCGCCGUCGAUCUUCGAUCCUGCCAAGGAGACCGAAUCCCCCAACUCGUCGCCCUCAUCGACCAUGAUGAAUAGUCCCUAUGAUUCGGGAUUCAAUUUGACUAAUCCGGAAAUAUCCCCGACAGCGCUGAACAAUUACUCCGUGGCGGAGCUGAAUGCUCCACUCGUCUCGGAAACAUGGGAUGGCCACGCCAAUGACUCUACAUUCUCCUACGUUGCCACAGAGACCUCACUGCCGCAGAUCGUGCAAGCCCUGGGCGGGGAAGCGUCUCGAACCAAGGCUGUCAUCCUAAUUCCACAGAAUCCGCACUCGACAGGGAUACCCUUGACAUUGGCCGUGUCUCAGCUACCCACUCCCGUGGACUCGGUGGGCACAGCUAUGAGUCCUAUGCAAACCUUCACAUGUCCAUGUCAACCUCAGGAGUCAUUUCCCGGCUCCGGAGUCGGUUUCGUGAAUUCUGGUGGUCCUCCUCCUCCCUGUCCUAUACACGCGACGCAGUCUGUGGAGCACAUCCCCCGGUGA